GGAUGAUCUUGCAUGCAAGCCUUCAGCAUCAGAUCAAAUGGACCACUCAUUGCAAAGAUCAGGGCUAGGUGUUCUACAAGAAUUUUAACAUGACGCUGCGAGCAACGGCAUUUGAUUACGAAAGGAAUGGCGGUGAGAUUGAGUCUGAAGACGAGUGCGUUCACCCUGAUUUCUGUCUUUUGAAGAACAACAGACUCCUAUAUAUGCAUAGUCAUGUCCAACAGGAUAAUAUGGUGAAGGACUGGAAACCUGUACAAAUCUUGUGUAGCAACGAAGACGAGCACAAAGAUUCGACGGAGCCUUGCCAACUUUCAGAGAGGGAAGAGGGUUAUCUCGGUCAGAAUCAGCCAACUUCCAGCCUUCUGGCUAAACAGAAUGACUCUAAGGAUGCCGAACCAAGCCGGCUUAAUAGGGAAGAUGACCCUGCAUUAUCAGACUUUGCAAGCCCCGUGCAGCGGCCUGCAGAAUCCCAGCCAACUGAAGAAAAGGAGAAUGCCUCGAAGGAAAGCAACUUUGCUCCAGGAGAUCACGUUUACCAAUGGCGCAAAUUCCUUGGAAUCCCCUUUGCAUUUCAGCAUCAUGGUGUUGUGAUGGACGUGAAAUAUGUUAAAGGAGAGCAAGGAGCGGUUGAAGAAACACUCACGAUUCUGGACUAUACAAAGCAACCGGGCUCAGGAUUCCUUACAUCGGCUCCUGCUUCCACCGGUACGAGCACAUCGUAUCAGGGGUCAACCUCGAGCGUCUCGUCGUGCUGCGACAUCAAAAAGUGUGAGAAUACGUCCCAACAAGACCGUGGAACAGCGCGAGUCAUUACAACCGAGGCAAAGGGUUGGCACAAAGUUGUUUACAGUGACAGCGUCAUCAGUGCAAUUUGGAAACGGAGUGGCACAUACACCGUUGUUGCGAGCGAUCCACCUGACGUGGUGAUGAAACGAGUGAACUUUCUCCUGGGCCGCAAGGAAGAUGGGACGAUGGAAGGAGAUCCAGUUGAGUUACCCAAUUUUAACGAAGUUUUUUCCAACUGUGAGUGCCUGGCGGUUUGGUGCAAGACUGGAGUGUGGUCAACAAUGCAGGCUGCCUCUUUCUGUGUCCAAAGUUCUGUGAGUGGAGUUCCCCAGACAGCUUCCUUGGUGGGGACUGUAGCUGGCUCAAAGGUAAUAGUGGCGAGUACCGUCCCUGCGAAGGGGCUACUAGGUUGGUUUGGAGCAACCACCACAACUACAACGGCGGUCCCAUUGGUAUCGAUUCACCCCUGGAUCAUUCCUGCAAUGAUUGGCUUUGGAGCCGUGAACAUAGGAGGCCCUCUGGCCUUUCUUUUGAUUGCCAAAGCAAAGUGGAAUUCGACCACUACAUUGCUGAAUCAGGCCUUUGAAGGAGAAAUGGGUGCAUCGCAGGAAAACGAAAUCUGA